UCCACCAUUAUUUUUCUCUGUCACAUCACCAUCUCUCUCUCUCAUUAGUUUUUCUAAGCAUUUGGUGGGUUUUGGUGGGGUCUUUAGAUUGGUUUUUUCCUCCAAAUUCCACCAUUUUCCCAUAGGAAACAAGUUGUAAAAAAGAGGGUCUUUUCAUUCUCAUCUCUGUUCCUGAAACCCAUGAUGUCCAUCUUGAGCAAAUCCAACAGUAUGGGCAGUCCCUCUUUCCAUGAAUUGAAGAAACAAGCUUCUUUCUUUUUCAAGGAGAAAAUCAAGACUGCCAGAUUAGCCCUCACAGAUGUCACCUCUGCUGAACUAUUGACUGAAGAAGCAAUCAGUGGAAACCCUGAUGCCAGGACUUUGAGUUCCAUUUCCAAGGCAGCUUUUGAGCUUGAUGACUACUGGAGAAUUGUAGCAAUUCUCCACAAAAGAUUGGUGAAAUUUGAAAAGAAGCAUUGGAGACUUUCCUACAACUCUCUCAUCAUUCUUGAACAUCUCUUGACUCAUGGACCAGAGAGUGUAGCAGAGGAGUUUGAUGAUGACAAAGAUGUUAUUACCCAAAUGGGAAGGUUCCAAUAUGUAGAUGAAAAAGGCUUCAAUUGGGGCAUUUCAGUUAGAAAGAGAUCAGAGAGGAUAUUGAGCCUGCUUGAAAAAGGGUCUCUUCUCAAAGAGGAGAGGGAGAAGGCUAGAAAGUUGACAAGAGAGAUUCUAGGAUUUGGAAGCUUCUCAUUGAGAUCAAAGUCUCCAGGAAUUCUGGUAGAAUCUUCUCAAUCCAUUGGAAGAUAUGGGAAGUGCAAUUCCAACUCCAACAUUCAGGACAAUCUUGAUCAAGAACAUGAUCGGGUCCUGUCUGAUCAAAAGGCAACAAAUCCACAGGGAAACCAAGAAGCUUUGGCUCAUGUAGUAGAUAGCCAGGAGAUCGAAAUGCCCGAAACUCGAGAAAGCGUCAAAGAAAACUUGGUUCCAAACAAGGAAGAGUUGCAUAGAUGGGAUAAUGGUGUGGGCGAGUCGAACCCGCUUUUGAGUGGUAAAAGAGAGGAGUUCAUGGAUGGAACUUCAGCUGAUGACUAUCAUCAUCCUUUCAUCGAUGCCGAACCCGAAACGAAUGCCUCAUUCCUUUCUGGAUAAAGAUAGAGGAAUAGGAUUUCUUUUGAGUUCUACUCAUGAUUCAAUGUUAGAGGUCAAAAAGAAGGCUAAAAGUUUAGCAUCUCUCGGUAUCAAGAUUAGAACUGUUUGUGACAUUUGUAAGAAACUUGCAUGUUUUAUGUUGAACUUUUCCCUUUUGACACUCAAAAUGACAGAAAAAUUCAUUUAUACAAUGAAAUGUUUGA